AAGAAUUACCCAUGUGUUGAUAACAAUAUUAUAUUUAUAAGUCUUUGUAAAUUAUGUUGAAUAAAAUAAAGUUUGAAAAAUAUUAACCAACAUCAUCUAGCUUUAUUUCUUUAUCAUAAACUAAAAACGACUGUUGUUUUCUAUCUGCCUAACUGCAAGAAUGCAAUCAUAUUAAUUACGAUGUCAACAUUUCGAUUAUACUGAAAUUAAUAGGUAAGAAAGGAUUAGAUAUCAUGUACUCCACAUUCCAGUCGGACUUUGAACAUGAAAUAGCUGUAUUUAUAUCGGAGAAAUUCAAAUUGUUAAAAAUGUUUUUUAAAAUUGACAAAUUAAGAAUUUUAGAUGAAAUUGAUAUGAAAUUAUAUAAAAUUCAAUCAGAGGAAACUAAUGAAAUUUAUAGUGAUUCACAACAAGAAAAUCUAAAUAGGUCAAAUAAUAAAAAAAAUACACUUUUAUUGGAAUGAGAAAUUUUGGAAAGUUCCUUUAAAUAUAAAAAGGAGUUUGAAGAAUAAAAAAAUAAAUUAUUCGACAUCCACGAAGACAAUUUAUUACAAUUUUGGAGAAAUAAAAAAUUAAUAGGUUAUUUUUAAGCAUAAUUGUGAAUACACCUAAAUGUCUUGUAGUCAUAUUAUUUUUUUAAUUAUCAUUUAAUUUACAGUUGGAAUUAUUUUGCUGGUAAAAUGCUUUUGGAGUUAUACUUUUUUUACUAAACUCAUAUCGCGUCUAGCAUAGCCGAGUACUCCUAUCGUAAUCAGUGGCUCAGCUAGGUGAAGCCUAGUAAAAAAAAUAAUAAGCAAAGACAUAAAAUGUAUUAUUUAUAUAUAAGUAAAUUAAACAAACUAAUUUUGUAGAUUAACAAACACAAAAAUAUAUGGUUUUGUAAACAUUACAACAGUUUAUACUCCCACGUAUUUUAGUAAAUAAUUUUUAUUCGUGAAAAUUUAUUUAAAUAUUAAUUUAUAAAAAUUACAUUUAGAUAUUUUGGGCGUACCUAUUAUUUAAGUUAAAAACUUGAUAUAAAAAUGUUUGAAUAUUUGAACGUAAUCACAUUGUAAAAAUGUUGUCUUUUAAAUUUUUAGCAAUAAUUAAAUUAUGGUUAUAUGUAGUUAUAAUUUUAGUAUUCAGUUGUAUUAAAACAACCGCUAUAGAAUAUUGGAAAUUAUCAUAUAAUCCAAAACAUUUAAAAUGUUUUUAUUUGUUUGGUGCUUUGACUCACAUGAAAAUAACAAAAAUUAUGCUAACGCGUGAUGAUUACAUGCUGUCUACUGUGAUUUCCAACAUAAGUAUGUACAACGAAAAUGUAAAAAAACAAAUUAGUACAAUAUAUGAUAUCGAUAAAAAUAAUAUUGGUACCUUGUGGUUAAUAAAUAUUUACUCACAUUCUAUAACAUGGUAUUUAAGUUCACCUAAAGUUAGACGAAUACUUAAUAGAAAUGAUAAAGAGUUUGUGGAUAUUGUAAAAACUCAUGAAUUCAUAAUUGCAAAAAUGGAGGAUGAUAAUAAAAAUUGUAAUAAGUAUAAUAUUAUUUAUACAGCCGGCGAUAAUUUUAAAGAAUACUCAAAUGAAGAUAAACAUUUUUUAGAUAGUUUAUUAUUGAAAAAUUAUGAAAAUAUGAAAAACUUCAUAACUAUAAAUCAAAAUCAAUUGGUGAUAAACUACAAUCGAUUCUCAAAACCAAGUAUUUUUAUAAGAUCCUUAGGACCAUUAUUAGUUCCGAUGAGACAUUUCAAAAAUGAUUACUACGUUUAUGUGACGUGGAACAAAGAAAAAAAUAUAGAAACAGCGUUUAUUGAAGCGCAUGUAUUAAAUUGGUCAUCCGAUAAACUACAAUCCAUUAAAGUUUAUUACAAGGUGUUUUUCAAUACUUUAAAAAUUAUUAUGUUAAGACUGACUUGGAAACAUUUUUUGUAUUUGCAAUGUCAAAAGUUUGAAUUUAUACAAACACUCGCAAAACAGUGGAUAUCUAAAUUACAUGAAUUUUCACAAUUGACAUGUGUAAAAAAUGAUGAUGACAUCAUCAGAAUUAUAUUUCAUAUUAAUAGUUACAUCGACGUUAUUUUGAAAUAUAAGAAUGGUUUAAACGACAUGAACAAUUUUCUAAACUACAAUAAAAACUUCUUUACAAGAUUAAUAUCAGACUUACAUCAAAUUUUAACUGAACUUUGUUUAACUGCUGAUUGCUUUGCUACUGAACCAAUGUUUUUGUUUGGAGAAGAAUUGCCUAAGAUUAAAAAACCACCUCAUGAUCCAACAGAUGUUGCAACUGUUGAACAUUACAGUUUAAAUAAUGCAGAUAUGUUUUUGAGGAAUAUCAAAGUAAAUUCAAAAAAGACUGACUAUGAAGUUGUAAGAUAUUUCAUAAGUUAUAUAGAUGAAUUAUAUAAGCAUCGAUCAGAUGUUAUAAAGAGAAAAUCAACGAAAACUUAGAAGAUAUUAUAUACAAUGUUUCAAAAUUAUGUUUAUUAUCCUUAUAUACGCUUCUUCAAUAUCUUAAAAAUUAUAAAAUAAAAUAAAAAUUUUCUUU